GAUGAAUCCUGAGGCUGGACAGUAUCGGUGUAAUCCUCCCUUGUUCCUCAAGAAACUAGAGAUCAUCUUUGCUGGUAUUAACUUAGAUGGUGAAGGUACAUCUUCAGGUAGCAAAAUGAAGCAAUUAUGUGAGCAUCGUGAUGAAGUAAAUGAUACUGGAUAUAAAUCAAAGCUAAGCGCGUCUGAUAUCGCAAUUCUUCGUCGGUUUAAGUGGCCACCAUCCUCACAUGCGAUUUUUGUGGACGUGUGUUUCCAAGAGUAUUUAAAAGGAAACAGACCAAUCAGACGUAACCAAAUUUAUACAAAGGAAGCUUGGAAAAUGAUUCUUGAAGAAAUCAAUCGGAUCACAGGACUUAGAUACACUCAUAAGCAGCUCGAAAACCACUUCGAUCUUACCAGGAAAUCUUGGAAGAACUGGUGUAAAACUAUUGCAUCUCCCAUCAUGAAGUGGGAUGCCAAUACUCGCAAGUUUGGUGCAACCGAAGAGGACUGGGAUAAAUACUUGAAGGUAAAGAAAACGUUACUUAGAUUUUUUAUAAUAUCAAUUGGAAAGUAAUUAUAUUUUUUUGUUGUCGACUUAUAGGUAAAUAAAAAAGCUGGAGUGUUCAAAAGGAGACAUAUUCCUCACGCUGGUAAACUGGCAACCAUCUUCAAAGAACGUUGAACCUGGAAGAAACAAAAUCCGCCGUUAUCGCAAGAGAGUGAUCGAUCAUCAUUCAGAAUCAUCAACCAGCUUCAUAAUCAGUAGUAGUCUACCCAAAUGAGCCAGUCACAGGAAGUGACAAUAGAGCUGAUGAUGCUGAGCCUACUCCACUGAUUAGGUCAGACUCAGAGGAUGGUGUUGAAACUGUAACUCCCAAGAUGUUGAGCCUACUCCACUGAUUAGGUCAGACUCAGAUUCCUCUUCUUGCUAUUGGAGAACUCAAGUUUGAGGAUGUCUUGACUGCUUAAAUGUCAAUCUGCCUAAA